AUGACGUCCAUCUUGGGCAUCAGUUUUUACAUCUACCAGACCGUCUUUGUCGUCCUCUCAAUCGCAUGCGGCAGCUGCGCUCAGAGAAGAUUACCAGCAAGUAACAUCUCCUUAGCUGAUCAGAUCUACGACUUUAGCAGCCCACAUCGUUGCCGCCUCCUCGCUCAUGAGAGCAUUAUCCUGAAGAAUGGCGAUCACUAUCUCCUGAUUCUCGAGGGAGGAUUUGGCAAAUUUAAGCUCCAGCUCGACAAUCAAGAUGUGGAGGUGCAAGAUCUUAAUGGCUACACCGUCGCUUUCGAUUUAUCUGAAAGCUUUGUCACUCCGGAGCUUGAGCCUGUAUGGCAGAUCAAGAAGAAUGCCACAGGGCCUCGACCGCCUAUUACCAACUUCUUCGGGAUGUUCUCAGAUCGGGAACAGAACAGCAUCUAUAUCCAAGGCGGUCAUUUCUAUCAUGCCACCGGUUGGAACAGCAGCUACUUUGUACCAAAAGAGUCGAUUCCACCCUGGGAGCUGUGGAGAUUUGACAUCAGGACCAGAGAAUGGGCUAAUAUCACUGUCGAGGUGCAAAACCAUGAGCUCGCCAACAGAACUUUCGGAGGAGCUGCAGCAUCCGUGUCAGCCUUGAACAAAAGCUAUUACAUUGGGGGCAUCAACGACGAAACGACAGGUAGCGCUACACCAAUGGAUACCUAUCAACCUACAUCCCAAAUGCUCGUUUAUGAUCACAGCGCUGGCAGGCUGGACCGGGUUGAAUAUUAUGCGCCUCCCGCCACAGAGGGCUACUGGCAUGGGAAUCUAAUCCAUAUACCUGUGGGCCCUCAAAAAGGCUUCCUAUUGUCUUUGAUGUCGCAAAAGCAGACCUUGGGCCGGCAAUACGCAGACCCUGAGGCCGAACGCAGUGUUCUUGGCAAACCAGUAUCAUUUGAAAGCGUCCAGAUAUACGACUUGGAGGCAGAACAGUGGUACGAGCAGGAGACUCUCUGGUUCAAGAGCGACGAUCCAGUACCUAGGACUAGGUUUUGCGCAGCAUUAUUUCACGACGAGAUAGAUUACACCUGGGAUCUCUGGAUACAUGGAGGACAAAAAUUGGGUAACCAGGAAGAAGGCGUAUCUGACAUCUACGUCCUUUCGAUGCCAUCAUUCACGUGGACAAAACUAACUACCACGCUCGCGGACCAGAAUUUUAUUAAAAGUCACACCUGCCACGCAGUCGGCGGGCAGCUGCUCUUGGUCGGUGGAUAUCCACCUGGCGCCAUGGUCGCAGCAAACGCGUCCUGCGACCCCGAAAUUGUCAAGGUCCUUCAAAUCACUGAAGACGGCCCUGUUUGGACACCUAAAUUCUCUACAAACACGACCUAUAGAGCUCCGAUCACGGUCCGUGAGAUGGCCAACGGCAGGAGGUCUCCCAUUGACGGCUGGGCUUCACCAAACAUGGAAAAUGUCUUCGGACCCCCAUCACCUCCCACAACCCCGCCACGACCCGACACGGGGCGAAAGAUAGGCUCAAUUGUAGGGGGCGUCAUUGGGGGACUCAUUUUCCUGACUAUCAUUGGCCUCGUCGUCAUAUACGUUCGGAGGCUUCGGAGGCGUCGGAUUGGAGUCCAAAGUCCCAUCGAAGAAGUGUCACAGCACAUGUUAUACACCACUGACAACACUCCCGAACUUGAAAACACCCGCCAAGGCAUGAAAAGACAUGUUCUAGUGCAACAAGUGGAUCUUGAAAACAGACGGGAUGGUCGGAGGAUGCCACUGCCAGAACGCGGGGAGGGGCAUGACCACUCCCGCGAAGGCAUUGAGAUAUCUGGGCCGGUGCAACAGUUGGAGACUGGUAGCAUGCAGAAUGAAGUGACGCAGUCAACAGCACCAGCUGAGGUCGACAUGAUUGUUCGUUUGCCAUCUGCCGCUGCAGAACCGCUUCCACCGGUUAAAGAUUUCACGACCGACCGUCAACCAGGACACCCUCCAAGCCAGACGGGACCGUCUCAGUGA